AUGUCGCUACCGUCUCCACCGUCAGAUGCGCGGUAUGCGGUCUCUACAGUCACCCUGGAGAUCGCGCUCGACCAGCCCAUCAAGCAAGACUCACCCACGCCGUACACCUACCAGGAAGGUGGGGUCACCAAACCGCUCCUCACCACCGACACUGUGCUACUGACGAUCUACUACCCAACUUCUCGGACGGAUGCGACGUCCGACGGUAGGGCGCUCGACUGGCUGGAAGCACCCAAAUUGCGAUCCAUCGGUGGACUGCUCAAGUACGCGGGUGUACCCAAAUAUCUUGCCCUUCCGAUUGUGUUGCCGGCGUACAGCGUCGUCUCGCAGAGGCUACCUGUGGCGGUCGAUGCGGAUCUCAUCUCGGACACACCUUCGGAUGACUUCCCCGUGGCCGUAUUCAGUCAUGGUAUGGGUGGGACGAGAACGACCUACUCGGCGUACCUCACUUCGCUCGCUGGUUCAGGAAUUAUCGUCGCGGCUGUAGAGCACAGGGAUGGAUCGGCUGCAUCGACGACCAUCCAUCAUUCCAGCGACAAAGAAAGUCGAGGAUCAAGCGGAUGGUUUCGGUGGCUUUCGGGUGGAUCAAAUGGGGUGGAGAACAAGAUCUAUGUGCGACCAGCUGAGGUGGACGGCAAGCCAGAGCCGAUGGACGUACGGCGUGCCCAAGUCGAGUUCCGUCGUCGCGAAGUCACGGCCGCUCUGAACGUGCUCAAAGAGAUCAAUUCUGGCAAAGCGGUUGUGGAAUCGUGUACGCGAUCGCAGCGAGACGAAGCCAAGAGACGCGAGCGUCGCUCCCAGGUGCUGAGCCACUUCACCGGGAAGCUCAAGAUGCAAGAUCCCUGGAUGAUCGGACACAGCUUCGGAGGCUCGACUGCGAUCCAAGCGCUCCGACACACCGAUUGCCCCUUCGGACAGGCGCUUGUGCUCGACCCAUGGGUCGAACCCGUUCCCAUCACCGGCAUUGACGUCAUCCCAGUGAGCAAACCGCUCUACACGAUCAACAGCGAAGACUUCACGCAGUGGAAGUCACACAUGGACGACGUGACCACGAUCGCGCGCGAAUCGAAGUCGAGCACCGGUGGCAAAGGUUGGCUGCUUACGCUCGGCGCCGAGGGCACUGAAAAAUCUGAUGGCUCGGCUGCAGCCGCAUCGACCCGUCUCGCGCCACCGUCGAGGCUCGUCGUGGUGCACGACAUGUUCGGCACGCUCUUUGGUCUCUCUGCGUGCAUCGAUGCGCUGGUCUCGCUCUUCCCCGAUCAACUGCAGGAAGCGGAAGGCGUUCCCAAGAUCGUUCCAGAGCUGGUGGUGAUGGACUGGUUCCACGGCACCCAGCGCGACUUUACCUAUUCGAGCGUUUGCGGACAGUACAAGCCGAUCGGCGAGGUCUUCAAGGGAACGUUGCCACGUGUGCUUUUCCAAGCCGGUAUUCUGCCCAAGAAGUCAGCCAAGGGCAAAUCUCUCACCCAAGCGGGGUCGUUCCAAGAUGGAGGACCGGCGGAAGAGGCGCUCGAAAAUCCGUUCGAUGCGGUGGUGGUAGAAACCAUGAUGGGCGCGCUCAAGAAGCUGCAACCGAGACCAGGAAUGGUGGACGCCCUCACCCGUGUCUAUCGUGACCGCGAUGGCAAAGGUCGUCUGCCGCCCGGUGUCAACAAGGUCGACGUGUGGGCGGCUACCAACGGAUCGCUGGAGUUGGGUCGAUCUUCUUUCCUUCGAACCUUGGGAGAGAGCGAUGGCGCGGACAUCGACACCAAAGCUGCUCGCUCCGGUCGCUCAGACAAAGACAAUGCCAUCGGGGCGGGUAUCGGUCUCUUCAGCUGUGACGAGAUCGGUGCUGCAAAGCCGGAUCCCAAGGUGUACGCCGAGGUGCUGCGCCGCAUCCAGGCGGAGCCUAUCGACGCAAAUGCGGCCAAGAAGGAGUAUCAGGGAAUUUGGUUCGUCGCCUCGCACACGUGGGACACGUUUGCAGCUAAACAGGCUGGCUUCCGUACAGCGUGGGUGACGUACGAAGAAUUCUACUCCUGCCCUUCCGUCUACGGCACGCCCGACGUGGUAGGGAGAAACCUGGAAGAAGUCUCUGAAAAGAUCCUCGCCUUCGAGCGUGAUCUCGCCGCCGCGAACAAACGAGACGAAGCACCGAUAAAGCCAUGGACGUACCACAAGGAUCAGCAGGAACAGACGAACCAGGCUAGUCAGCAUACGUCGUUCUCGGACUUCCCCUUCUUGCUGCCCAACAUGGCCAAGUUCGUGGGAAGCGUAUCGUCCAAGUCGCUGCUCGAAGUGAACAGCGACAUCACGAAGCGCAUGAUCCUGCAAGGUAAGAGGGAGGAAUCGGACGGAGUGUUUUCCGGACUCAAGGGCGACAAGGAUGGACAAGAAUGGAGGAUUUGGAAGGAAGGCCAAGCUCGGCCAAACGAUCUCGAGGCGGCGGCGGUUGGGAGCGAUGGCAGCCGCUUGGGCAGACUGGUUGUACAUGCACUGUAG